UCUAACUUCGUAGUAAAGCAAGAAUCUAUAUUGGCCUUUCCUCACGACGACUUACCCAAAUCCCUCUAAACCAAACCAAGAGAUGGCUACCUUGGAUUCCGACGUGCCUAUGGUUCCGGUUGGCGAGGCUUCCAGUAGCGCAGGUCCUUCCUCUACCAAGAAGCCUAAGCGGUUCGAGAUCAAAAAGUGGAACGCCGUCGCACUCUGGGCCUGGGAUAUUGUUGUUGAUAACUGCGCUAUCUGCAGGAACCAUAUUAUGGAUCUCUGUAUUGAAUGCCAAGCUAACCAGGCUAGCGCUACUAGCGAGGAGUGUACGGUCGCUUGGGGGGUUUGCAACCAUGCAUUUCACUUCCACUGUAUUAGCCGAUGGCUCAAGACCCGUCAAGUGUGUCCUUUGGAUAACAGUGAGUGGGAAUUUCAGAAGUAUGGUCACUAGAACCUUCACGCAGUUGAGCUGUAGUAGUUGGGCUUUCAAGUAUGCUGGUUUAAAGGAUGAUCUUGUUUACUUUGUUAAUUUCACUGGAUUCGUUAUAUUUUUAAGAAGCAUUUGGCUGUAAUUGACCUUUUCAACCCUGUUCUGUUUUAAGCAUCAAGCCAAACCCUCUUUUCUUUCUCAA